AUGAAACAAAGUAAUUAUGUUUAUGCUGAUACAUGUUUUACGACACUCAACGGAAGAUUGUGGGAGUUUGAGUAUAAUAAUGUGUUGAAGAAUUGUAGAGAAAAUUAUGAAGAGAAAAAGAGACAAAGAUACAUGUUUAGAAAGGUUUGCGUACUCAUAAUCAAUAAUCCAAAAGUUUACGGGGUGGAAGAAAAAAAAUUCAAAUCUCCUUAG